CCGGAAAGCCUAGCAAAAGUAAAAGUAAGAAAAAAAGUGAGCUUAGAAGCUGGCGGUGAAAUGGCGUCGGAAAAACAAUUCGAAAAGAUAAAGAAUGAAGCGACCUGUUCAAUUUGUUUGGAUUUUUACGAAGAUCCGGUGAUCCUCGACUGUGGACACAACUUCUGCCGAGCCUGCAUUUUACAGUGUUGGGAUCGGGAACCGGGACAAGGGAAGGUCACUUGCCCCGAGUGUCGGACUGAGUUCCUCCAGAGGAACGUCAGGCCCAACCGCUGUGUGUCCAACAUUGUGGAGAGCGUCAGGAAAUUGAGCCAGGAGCAGCGAGAGGCGGAGGCGGCUUUCCACUGCCGUGAACACGACGAGAAGCUGAAGCUGUUCUGCAGCAGCGACCAGAGAGCGAUCUGUGUGGUGUGUGCCAUGUCCCGAGAUCACAGGGACCAUGCAAUCAGCCCUAUAAAAGAAGCUGCUGAACUCUGCAAGGAGAAGCUGCAAAAUGUGCUGGAUUUCCUUCAGAAACAAAUUCAAGAAAUUUCUGAAUGCCAAAAUGAAGAAGAAGGACAUUUAAUCAAAUUGAAGAGCCAAGGAGAUAAACUGCGACAGAGGAUUGCGUCUGAAUUUGAUAAAUUACACAAGUUUCUACACGACGAGGAACAAGCUCUGAAAAAGAAAUUGGAGGAAAAGGAAAGGGCGCUGAUUCAGCAAAUAGAAGAAAACCUGGAGGACAUUUCAGAACAAAGAGACUCCAUUAACCAAACUAUCGUAGAUAUACAGAAGAAACUAAAACUACAGGAGAUGGAGUUACUGCAGGAUGACAAGUCGAUUAGUGACAGGUCCAGUGUCAAAUUUAAAAAACCCAAACCAUGCUGUUCUGAUCUCAGACUUGUGGAGUUCACGGUGCCUCUGGAGUACACAACUUGGAAACAAAUGUUGAAGCUCGUCAAGCCAGUUCCAGCUCCAGCUCCUGCUUCCCUGAUCCUAGAUGCAAAAACAGCAAAUCCCUGGCUCUUCCUAUCUGACGACUGCAGGACAGUUACAGUUGCUGACAGGAAGCGCCUGGUCGCAGACAACCCGGAAAGGUUCAGCAACUGGCGCUGCAUCUUAGGGUCUGAGGGAUUCACAUCGGGGAUACACUACUGGGAUGUGUAUGUGGGUGACAUGACAGGUUGGGGAGUUGGCGUUGCAAGUGAGUCUGUGCCGCGGAAGGAACUUUAUGCAUUGAACCCUAAGGCUGGAGUCUGGGCUGUGGAGCUGUGGAGUGGGAUAUACAAAGCUCACACCUUACCUUCAGUUUCUCUUAACCUGAAAGUGAGACCCCAGACACUCCUAGUUUGCUUGGAUUAUGAAGGAGGCCAAGUAUCAAUAUGUAACGCUGAUGACAUGUCUGAUCUGUGCACUUUCACUGACACAUUCACUGAGAAAAUAUAUCCUUUCUUCAGCAUUUACUGUACAGGGGAGUCCCUAAAACUGCUUCCCUCACGGGGAUCUAAUCCUGUGGAAAUGGCGUCGUUAAAAGUCUUAGAAAAUAUGAAAGACGAAGCGGUCUGUUCAAUUUGUUUGGACUUCUACAAUGAUCCGGUGACCAUAGACUGUGGCCACAACUUCUGCCGAGACUGCAUUUUAAACUACUGGAAACCGGCUCGAAGGAAGGUGACCUGCCCGCAGUGCCGGACCGAGUUUAGCCAGAGGAAUGUCAGGCCUAACCAUUUUGUGUCCAACAUUGUGGAGAACGUCCGGAAGCUGGAGCUGGAUGUUAGAGAGGCCGGGGCGGAUUUGCACUGCGUUGAGCACGACGAGAAGCUGAAACUCUUCUGCAAAGAUGACCAGAGAGCGAUCUGUGUGGUGUGCGCCACGUCCCAAGAUCACAAGGGCCAUGCAAUCAGCCCUGUAAAGGAAGCUGCCGAUCUUUACAAGGAAAUGCUGCAAAAAACAGUGGAUUCGCUUCAGAAGCAAAUGAAAGAGAUUUGCCAAAGUCAGAAGGAAGAAGAGGCGGAUUUAAAGACGCUGAAGCAACAAAGUGAGAGCCUACGGAAAAACAUUGAAUCCAAAUUCAACCAAUUGCACCAAUUUCUGCAUCAGGAGGAAGCGAGCCUGAAAGCAAAAAUAGAGCAAAAAGAGAAGACGAUAUUGCAAAAAAUAAAAGAAAACCUGGACAAAAUCGCUGAAGGACGUGCUGCUGUCGAACGAACGAUGACGGAAAUGCAGAGGCGAUUGACUCUACAAGAGGCAGAAUUCCUGCAGGGAAUCAAACCUAUUCUUGACAGGUCUAUAGUGCCAUUUCAGAAGCCGGCGAGAGUGUUUACUGAUCUUGACCUUGGCGAAUUUAAUGGCCCUUUGCAGUACGCAGCUUGGAAGCGGAUGUUGAAGCUGAUUGAUCCAGUUCCAGCUGCUCUGAAUCUGGACCCGGAUACGGCGCACCCCAAACUCAUCCUUUCUGACAACUGGACCAGCGUGAGAUUUGGUGAUAUCAAACAGCAGGUCCCUGACAAAGCAGGGCGCUUUCUGAAUUGGCACAUCGCCCUGGCGAGUCAGGGAUUCAAAACAGGCAGGCACCUCUGGGAAGUGGAGGUGGGGAAGAACAGCACCUGGGCCGUGGGAGUGGCAAAAAACUCUGUGCCGCGAAAGAAGGACUUCUCGCCAGAGCCUAAGUCUGGGGUCUGGGCCUUGUGGCGGUUGAAGGAGGAGUACACCACUCUGAUGUCACCUCGUACCGCCCUCCCCAUCAGAACCAAGCCCCAAAAGCUGUGUGUUUACCUGGACUAUGAAUCAGGACAGGUGUCACUGUACGAUGCCGACGAUAUGUCUCAUCUGUACACUUUCACUGAUAGAUUCACAGAGAAAGUCUAUCCCUUCCUCCUAACAGGCUGUACACGCGAUCCUUUGAAAUUCAUCCACCUACAGUUAUGAAACCAUUUAAUUAUUAGACGCCCCCCGGUCAUAUGGAGUCUGAUAAACUGCUCUGCUUCAAGGGAUAAAGAAUAUUUCAUUGAUACCAUCCUUGCAUUGUCUUUAAUGUAAAUUUCUGAAUUUCCCCCCUUUUCAAGAGUAAGAACAUUUAAUUUUGUCUUUAGAUGCUUCGAGCUGAAGCUCUGCAAAUCCAUUCCUAAAUCUCACCAGCCUUUCCGUCGUGUUCUCCUUCUUUAAAAUGCUCCUUAAAUGCUAUCAGGUUGAUCAAUGAGCUGUUAAUGGCCUAUGGAUCUUGGCUCCCUCCUAUUUUUGUGAACACAAGAAGUGUACCGAACUUCCGAAUGCAGCCACUGUUAGUGUUCAACUGAAAUGGCUCAGUUACCUGAAAGUAUAAUACAUCAUUCAUUAUAGAGUGUUGUUAUGAUUAGAAUUGUCAUGCAUUUGCUAUUUGUAUCUUUAGUAAAGAUAGAUAUUGUUAAAGUAAAAAGAUGGUGAAGAAGCUCAACACUAUCUAAGACAUAGCAGCCCACUUGAUCAAUACCCCAUCCACCACCUUAACUAUUCACUCCCUCCACCACUGACGCACAGUGGUGGCAGUGUGUACCACCUACAAGAUGUGCUGCAGUAACUCCCAUAAGCUCCUUCGACUGCACCUUCCAAAUUCAUGAUGUGUAUCAGCUAGAAGGGAUCAACUGGAAGGACAAGGGAGGCAGGCACAUGGGAAUACCAGCACCUGAAAGCUCCCCUCCAAGUCACAAACUAUUUUUCUACUAUUCAUAAAUUUUAUUCAUUAUAAAUAAUGCACAAAUAUUUUGAGGUUUUGAAUGUAAAGUAAAAAUGUUUUGGCUAGGUUCGUAUUUAAAUCUGGAUGGUAAGAAAUGAAUGGGAGGUGAAAGGACCAACAGGAUUAAUUAAAAUUUCUGAGUUCUCAGAUUUGUUUGUCCAACACGUGUCAAAGAUAUGGCACUUGUUUUAUUUACUCUUUUUUGAUUUGUUCUUGGGAUGUGAAUUGGAACUAUAUUGCCAUUCUUCCCAUAUUUGAUUGGAGUGGUUAUUACAUUAAAGGUGAGAUAAGAAUAUAA